AGAUUUGAUUUGACACAGUAUGGUAUAAAUUUGUUGUGAAUUCAGCACAGUAUGAGAGGCAUGAUGGUAAUGUAAUCAUGUUACACGAUUAAACUCAUAACCAACUCUUUUUUUUUUUUUUUUUUUUCGAGAACAUGAUAAGUUAUCCAUGGUAAUGCUUAUUCACCCGAUUUAUGUUAUUUUCUUCAUGAAUUAUUAUCAUUAUUUAGGGUGAUAUUGAGGAAUAAUGUAUCUUUAUGAAAAAAAACACAACUUAUGGAUGAAAUUCCAUAACUAUAUUCAUUAGGAUUUUACUUUUCAUGCCAAAUUACAAUUAAAUUAAUUCUCGUAACUAAAAUUAUUUUUACCAACUACUAAACAAUUAUUCACAAAAAGUUCAAUUCCGACCAAUAACAUUUUUCAGAGAAUUCCCAUAUCUCCCCCCCCCCUCCUCCAUUUCCAAUGACAUAAACCCUAACCCGAGUAACUAAGUUGGUUUAUCCAUGACUAAUCCUAGUCUAGUACUCCGUUAGGAUUCGUCUUCUUACCCAAAAAAAACACCCAAGUUCCAUAUGCCUCAUAAUACAAACUCUACACCACUCAAAAAAUUUCUGGUCAUUCUCUCCUCUUUUGUUCUCUCUCAUUUCAUGGCUUCAUCCAUUGCAGUGACCACCUCACCCUCCUGUUCUUCAACCAUCUCUUCUUCGCAUUACUCUUCUCAUUCCCAGCAUGCUUUGAGUCAAUCAUGGAAGCAUGGAACAAUCAGGUUUUAUAAAAUGAUAAAGCAACUCCCUUCUCCAUUGUUCAAUCAAAGGAGAAAUUUGGUCUGUGCAGUCAGUCAAGGUGGUGCUGAGGAAGCUUUCAAGAAGACUGUUGAAGUCGAUAGGCUUAUCGAUACGUUAAGGGAAGCUAAUCCGAAGGAACUACCACAGCUCGUUGCUGAAAAUGUUCUGGCUUUCAAUGAGGGUUUCUGGAUUCGGCUUGCUGCCAGAACUGAUACCUGCAAAUCAGAAGAUGAUAAAAAAGAUUAUGAAGAAUUGGCAUCAACGCUAAUGAGUACAGUAGACCGUCUUGUUCACAAAACCAAUGAAAAAAUUGAGUCAGCUACUGAUGUUUUAAAAUCAAUCCUCAAACAUGUGGUGGAUGAAGAUCAAGAGCUUACCUGGCCACCAAGAGACCCCGAAGCUCUCAGUCUGAUGGAACAGGAGUUAAAUCAAAGAGAACAAGAAGGAUAUUUAGAUGAAGGAUUCCUUUCAGAAGUCAAUGCACAACUGCGGCAAUCAAAAGAAGAUGGGGACAAGCCAGGACUUGUGGCUAUGCUGCAAAAAGUUUUACAGCUUUAUGCCUCCAGAAAUCUUUCAAAACGUAGUUAUGCUAAAAAAGGUAAUGAAAUCUUGAAGGCGGAGCAAUUCCUUGAGACUAUUAUUAAAGCUCCUGAAAGUGAAUGGAACACGCUGCUGCUUAAUGGUUUAACAAUUGCAAAAGGAGAUAUUUCACCAGAGGAAUUUUAUGCAGUACUUAAUAAACGAAGAGAACGAGUUUUGAUUCGAACAGAAGGAGGAUCUUACCAGCAGCGUGUUCUUACUGAGUACCUUAAAGGCAUACAGUCAAGAGCCGAGGAAAUUGUUCAGGCCUUACAAGGAAACCAACAAUGAGGUCUUGAAGAUCAUUUGAGACUGUUGAAGUAAUUACCGGCUUACUGCAGGACAUUGCAUAAAAUGAAGAGUUUUCAGAAUGCCACGCUUACGAAUUCUGCAAGCUUCAGCCUUUCUCCAAUAUAGUACUCCUUAUUACAGAAAUAAUCUUUUGAUGAGAAACCACCUUGACUCUUGAGAAUUCAGGAACAACUCCUUAACAUAAAGUUUGAUGCAAAAACUUCCCCUUUCCAUUCAUAGAUACUAGAUUCCCCAUUUUUGGUUGUCGUUGCUUUCUUUGGAAGUUCUUCGAUUAGAUUUUCAUGAUCUUCCCCUCAGAGUCACUCCUAGUUGACACGAAAAUGCUUGAAUACGUUACAUGUAUCCAUAAUAUCAAAAUUUUGCUUCCGAGAUUAGGCGAAAAGGUCUGAACCCUGAGAUAGUUUAGAUGUUCUGGUUUGGGUAAAGAUCAUGUUUCAUGUCAUUUGGUAGGCUUCUUUAUAUAUUCCCUGUACGUCCGAAAUUAGUACGGAGUAUGUGGUAUUAUAGAUGAAGUACCUAAAAGGCUAAAAGGCAGUUAAGUACAAAGUAUAUGCACAACAUUUUGUACUAAAAAAACAUUAUUGAUUGGAUGCACGCAUUAUCGAUUCAUUUGACCAUUUAA